AUGGUGCGUCGGUCGGGGAACACCGGCUUCCUCCUGUCCUCCUUCAGAGUGGAGGCCAGAGGCGACCCGGACCGGCUGUCCCCCGAGGAGCUGAAAGGGCUGCUGAAUAAGCCAGAGCUGCUGAGUGUGACCGAGCGCCACACCCCCAGCCAGGCCGUGGCCUUCUGGCUGCCGGAGGCGGAGCUGGAGGCGCUGGAGCUGGAGCUGGGGACAGAGAUCCGGCUGAAGACCCGGGGUGACAGCCCCUUCAUACUCUCUCUAGCCAAGCUGCAGGCCGGCACAGUGACCCACUGCCACGUCGUCGGGGACGGACAGGCGGGGGCUUCCUGGACAGAGCACGUCCUGGCUCACCGGGCCCAAGGGGGGCCCGGCCCUGAGCCCAGGGGGCAGGGGGACGGCGAUGCCACGUCGUCGGGGACGGACAG